GUUAAAUAUUUAGUGUAUGUAUUUUAUAGCGGAUUUUGAUUUUGUUUAGUUUAUACAAUAACGUUUUUGGAAAACAGUUAACACGAUUGGGUUCAGCAUACUCGAACUAGGUUAACUCGUCGUGUACCACGUUUGAUAGAAAAUGUCAAAUUCAUGAGCAGUUAUUUUCUCUUCUUUUAACAGAUCUCACAAAACUAUUCUUGAGGAUAUUAAUUACCAACUAGAAUUAAAUCGGGCAAUUCCCGGCAAACCCGAUCAAGAUUAUCCUAUUUAUAGCACAGUUUCCUAAAACAACAUUUUCAUGUAAUGGUAAGCUAGAAGGAUAUUAUGCUGAUAUCGAAAGUAGAUGCCAGCAUUUCGUAUAUGCACAAAUACCGCGACAUCUACUCAAGGUUUUUGGGUUCCUAUGUCCUAAUGGGACUCUUUUCAGUCAAAAAUUAUUGGUCUGUGAUUGGUAUAGAAAUGUGAAGUGCAACGAUUCAGAGUUAUAUUAUAAUAAUAAUAAUAUUGAGGUGGGAACUGAAUUUACCAUAAUGAAAACUAUUCGCCUUAUGAUGCAAUACCCUAUUAAAAUGCUUAAAGGAGAUUAUACUCGAUAUAUUGAAGAACCACAUGCAGAGAAAAACUUUACAAAUCGAGAAAAACUAUAUUAAACAUUUUUACGAUUACGAAAACCCGAAUCAAAACAAUAGAAGCAGUUUGUUGAUAAAUAAUUUGGGAGUGUUAUCACCUGAUAUCAAUUACGUAGUAAAAAACGAAACAGCCCCAACUAAUACUUUCAAAGAAAUACAAUCAGUGAAAUAAACCUUGCCUUGAAUAUAAAUAACUUGGCGGAAACAGAAGUAAUCAAUGCAACAACUCAAAAGAAUCCUGAUACUAUAAAUAAACAGCCAUUUCGCUUUUUAAGUCAGGAAUUCUCAACUCAAAACUUCCUAAAUAAAGAGGCACAUGAGAAAAUAAACCAUACAAUCGAUAUCAAUUCACUAUACGACAACGACCAAGUAAUAGUCAUUAGAAGCAAUAAUACAAGUAAUAGUACAACAAAAUAUGUUGAACAUUUUAUUGGCAAAAAUUAUACAGAAGGAAAUGUUGAUAAUUCCGAAUUAUAUGCCGAAGAUGAUUUCAAAACUGAUCUUAAAAUAAGUAAUUUAACGGAAGUUAUAACCACCAACAUAAAUUCUGUUAAAGAGGCUCCAAAAUUCGAAGCAAUAAAAGGCAAUAAAGAAUAUUUGCAGAAUUAUUCGUCGAAUCUUCUAAUAAAUGGCAUAAUACAGACUUCUAUAGAACCUAAAAUAUACGAACAUAAUGCAACAGUAAACACCAAAAAAUAUUUUAAAAACUUUUUUACUAAGCGAAAUUUGCAACAAAUAUUAAUUACAACUCCAAAGAUGCUCUCAACUACCACAACUAAAAAUCCACGACUUUAUUAUAAAGAAACUCUUGCAAAUCGCUUACAUCCUUCUUUUACUCCCCAAACACUACCCCUGAAAGAAAAAUCUAAGCAUGAACAUUAUUCCAUUUCAAAAAAAAUUGUACGCAAUGCCAGCACAGGGAGUGCUAAUUUAAGUAACAUUAUAAAUCACGGUUCAGACUUGCCAUAUCAACCAACUUGGGAAAGUGUUCAAAAAAAUUUAAUGCGCUAUAAAAUUUCUAAUGGUAAUAUAUCCCAAAGUUCUAAAAGAUAUUUAAAUAGAGAAAGAACACCAUCACAUUCCGUUGCAACAAAUGAGGAAAAACAAAUUUCAACUGUGGAUGACAAUACGAAGGACUCUUUUUUUAACACUCAUGAGCAUAAACGGAUUCAUACACAAAGAAAUUCAUUUAUUAAUAAUGAUAAUAGUAUUAAAAUGGCUAACUCUAGUAACGGUCUAUUAUCAAACAUAUUACAAAUUCAUCAGGAGCAUGGGAAUUCCUCAGGAUUUUCCGAAUAUUCAGUUAUUGCCGGUGCUCAGGAACAACCUAUUUCCAGUGUUUUAGAAGAAAGUAACAAUAUGAAAUUAAAAAAUAGUUCCCAGAAAAAGUAUAUUAGUUUAGAAGAGUUUUUCAUUCGAAAAUUUGGUGAUAAAACAUAUACUCAAUAAUUAUUUUAAGUAUCAUAAUUUCGGAUUUUCAAAACUCAAAUUUCAUACAAUUAAAAAAUAUAUAUGUACUAGAUCCCUGUAAAAAUAAUUGGAGUACAUGGGUCAUUUUGGUAAACCCAAAACUACUUCCCUAGUAGUGCUGUGAAAUACAGGCAAUGGAUCAUUUCCUGCGUGGACCAUGUACUCCCAUAAUUUUAAUAUUCAGUUGUAAUGCAUGUGUGUAUUAAAUGGUCCUUAGAUUAGUUUUGGACCAGCCCCAGUCCUUUGCAAAGUACUCCUUAUUUGGGGCUUUCAAAAUAAAAGGUAAAAAAAUGUUAUCUUUUAGAAAAAAUUAUAACCAUUAUUAUUAUCUAUAUUAUUUAUUCUUCCAUAUAUCUAUAUUAAUAAGGAUUCGUUUCAAAAUUCAAAAUGUUACAUAUUAAGUAUCUUGGAUGGAAAUGUUAUUUUUCAAUAAAAAGCACUCCAAAAAUAUUAAACAAUUUAAAAAUAAAAUGUUCCUCUGAAUACGGGUUUUAAAUAUAGUAUUUAUUCUCGGUAUCUAGGAAGUAAUG